AUGAAAUGUCUGACUUCUGGUUCGACCAGAUAAACAAGAGCUCGCUAAUGGCUGAUGGGCACUUCAAAAAGUUCAUCUUUCGUACCACCCUUGCGGAUCUAGUGAUUGGAGAAGCUGAGAUUGAUCUAAAGGAUAAUGAUGAUGAUGCUUACUUGGUUGAACUAUGUGAUCAGCAUCUGUCAAGCAUCUACUACCUAGCAGAGAUGGUGCAUACCCAUAUCUUACGAUUGCCAUGCCACGGCAAUUGUAAUCAACAUCAAGGA